GAAACAGUUCAAUUUUAAACCCAGAACGGUUCUAACGGAUUUCGGAAGGAAUAUAAAGUAUAAUCACUUAAUUAGUAUUUUGGAAAUUCUUAUUAUAAUUUUACAGAAAAUGAAAAUAUAUUUAUUGGAAUUAUUUUUUUUGGUGUGCUUCGUUCGAUAUGCGAAGCCUGAAUCGGUAACAGUGGCAACAACGGAAUAUUUGGAUAGAAAAUUCAGAGAACUACAAAAUUUUCUAGACGAUAAGAAUCGAGUCGAUACUAAGGUGCAAAAACCAGGUUAUCUAGUGGAAACUGUUGACAGUUUGUACUUUCCGUAUCCUAAAUCCUUACCGAAAACUUGCGCUGAAGCAACCCAAAUAACGAAAUCCAGUGGCGUUUAUGAAAUUCAAUUGCCCAAUUUGAAAACUCCGCUCCUUGUUUACUGCGAUGAAUUCGAAGGCGUUAAUGACUGGUUAACUAUUCACAGACGUAUCGAUGACUCAAUUAAUUUCUUCCGAGAUUGGGAAACAUACAAAGAAGGCUUUGGCAACAUAUUCACGAAUUACUUUAUUGGUUUAGAUAACUUAUAUGCUUUAACUUCCAAUCAAAUUCAGGAGCUGCUCAUAGUUAUGGUAGAUAUCUAUGACAUAAGCUAUAUCGCCAGAUAUGAUUCUUUUGGUAUAGGGAAUGAAGUAGAUAAAUAUAGGCUUAAUUUGUUGGGCUCAUUCAGGGGUAAUGUUACGGAUCAAUUCUCCUACCAUAUAAAUCAAAAGUUCUCGACUUAUGAUGAGGACAACGAUCUAUAUCCCACACAUUGCGCUCUAUACCAUGAGACAGCUGGCUGGGCUAAUAAUUGUUUCCAGAACGAUUUCAAUUGUCCAUAUGAAGAGAUUGUAUGGCCAGGCCUUCCACCACUUCAAAAAGUAAAGAUGCUUAUUAGACCAGUAAAUAAUUCACCAAUAAGGCUAGAUAAUUAUUGAUCUAUAAAAUCGAUAUUAAAAUCGAAAUAUAACAAAUUGGUGCCUGGAAUUGGUUAAAUAAAUUUAAAGAAAAUUAAUUACAAAAUUAAAGCAA